AUGUUGUCCGCUGGGCAUGUACUGACCAAGGUGGCAGGUCUGAGAACAUAGCUGAAGCUGAAAAUAGGAAAGCUGGGGGCAAGGAAGAGCCUUGAAUCUUGAGGUGGGACGUUGACUCUAAGAUGUCCUUGAGCAGUGGAGCCUCCGGAGGGAAAGGAGUGGAUGCAAACCCGGUUGAGACAUACGACAGUGGGGAUGAAUGGGACAUUGGAGUAGGGAAUCUCAUCAUUGACCUGGACGCCGAUCUGGAAAAGGACCAGCAGAAACUGGAAAUGUCAGGCUCAAAGGAGGUGGGGAUACCGGCUCCCAAUGCUGUGGCCACACUACCAGACAACAUCAAGUUUGUGACCCCAGUGCCAGGUCCUCAAGGGAAGGAAGGCAAAUCAAAAUCCAAAAGGAAUAAGAGUGGCAAAGACACUAGCAAACCCACUCCAGGGACUUCCUUGUUCACUCCAAGUGAGGGGGCAGCUAGCAAGAAAGAGGUGCAGGGACGCUCAGGAGAUGGUGCCAAUGCAGGAGGCCUGGUUGCUACUAUUGCUCCCAAGGGCGCAGAGAAGGCGGCUAAGACAUCCCGCAGUGUAGCCGGCUCCAAAAAGGAAAAGGAGAACAGCUCUUCUAAGAGCAAGAAGGAGAGAAGCGAAGGAGUGGGGACUUGUUCAGAAAAGGAUUCUGGGGUCCUCCAGCCAGUUUCUUUGGGAGGACGGGGUGGUCAGUAUGAUGCAAGUGCAGGGGUGGAUACAGGAGCUGUGGAGCCGCUUGGGAGUAUAGCUAUUGAGCCUGGAGCAGCGCUCAAUCCUUUGGGAGCUAAACCGGAGCAAGAGGAAGGGGAGAAUGAGUGUCGCCCGCUAAAGAAAGUCAAGUCUGAAAAGAUGGAGUCCCCUGUCUCCACACCAGCGGUGCUACCCUUGCACCUUUUGGUGCCAGUAGUCAAUAAUGACAUCUCAUCUCCCUGUGAGCAGAUCAUGGUUCGAACCCGAUCAGUUGGGGUCAACACAUGUGAUGUGGCUCUAGCCACAGAGCCUGAGUGCUUGGGCCCCUGUGAACCUGGAACCAGCGUCAACCUCGAAGGCAUCGUGUGGCAGGAAACAGAAGAUGGGAUGUUGGUGGUCAACGUGACGUGGAGAAAUAAAACAUAUGUAGGUACACUUCUUGACUGCACACGACAUGAUUGGGCACCCCCAAGGUUCUGUGACUCGCCCACCAGUGACUUAGAAAUGCGCAAUGGUCGAGGAAGAGGCAAGCGGAUGCGUCCCAACAGUAACACCCCUGUCAACGAGGCCACCGCAGCCUCUGACAGCAAAGGGACCACGAGCAGCAGCAAAACCCGAGCAGGAGCCAAUAGCAAAGGCCGUCGGGGCAGCCAGAAUUCUUCGGAGCAUCGCCCACCUGCCAGCAACACCUCCGAUGAUGUCAAGGCCAGCCCUUCCUCAGCUAAUAAGAGGAAAAAUAAACCCCUUUCAGACAUGGAGCUGAAUUCUAGCUCAGAGGACUCCAAAGGGAGCAAGCGUGUGCGCACAAAUUCCAUGGGCUCGGCCACUGGUCCCCUCCCUGGGACCAAGGUGGAACCCACUGUUCUGGACAGAAAUUGUCCAUCCCCAGUCCUGAUCGACUGUCCCCACCCAAACUGCAACAAGAAGUACAAGCACAUCAACGGACUUAAGUACCACCAAGCUCACGCACACACAGAUGAUGACAGCAAGCCAGAAGCAGAUGGCGACAGUGAGUAUGGAGAGGAGCCGGGCCUCCACGCAGACCUUGGCAGCUGCAAUGGUGCAUCUGUCUCCCAGAAAGGAUCCUUGUCCCCUGCCCGCUCAGCCACCCCCAAAGUGCGGCUCAUUGAGCCUCAUAGCCCUUCCCCUUCCAGCAAAUUCAGCACAAAAGGCCUCUGUAAGAAAAAGUUGAGCGGGGAAGGAGACACAGACCUUGGCGCCUUGUCCAAUGAUGGCUCUGACGAUGGCCCCUCCGUAAUGGACGAAACAAGCAAUGAUGCCUUUGAGUCUUUGGAAAGAAAGAGUCUGGAAAAAGAAAAAUGUAAAAAACCGUCUAGUUUGAAACCUGAAAAGAUUCCUUCCAAGAGCUUAAAGUCAGCCCGGCCCAUUGCCCCCGCCAUCCCACCCCAGCAAAUCUAUACCUUCCAGACGGCCACCUUCACAGCUGCCAGCCCCGGCUCCUCCUCCGGCUUGACCACCACCGUGGUCCAAGCCAUGCCCAACAGUCCCCAGCUGAAGCCCAUUCAGCCCAAGCCCACGGUCAUGGGGGAGCCCUUCACCGUCAACCCUGCUCUGACGCCCGCGAAGGACAAGAAGAAGAAAGACAAAAAAAAGAAGGAGUCAACGAAAGAACUCGAAAGCCCACUGACCCCUGGGAAGGUGUGUCGAGCAGAAGAAGGCAAAAGCCCCUACAGGGAAUCGUCCGGAGACGGGAUUAAAAUGGAGGGGCUCCUGAAUGGCUCCUCAGACCCCCACCAGAGCCGACUGGCGAGCAUCAAGGCUGAGGCAGAUAAGAUCUACAGCUUCACGGACAAUGCCCCCAGCCCUUCGAUCGGAGGCAGCAGCCGCCUAGAUAGCGGGACCCCGACCCAGCCCCUGACACCCUUACAUGUGGUGACCCAGAAUGGAGCCGAGGCCAGCUCGGUGAAAACCAACAGCCCCGCCUACUCUGACAUCUCUGAUGCUGGGGAAGAUGGGGAGGGCAAGCUGGACAGCGUCAAAUCCAAGGACCCUGAACAGCUGGUUAAGGAAGGGGCUAAGAAAACACUUUUCCCCCCUCAGCCACAGAGCAAAGACUCGCCCUAUUACCAAGGCUUUGAGAGUUACUACUCUCCAAGUUAUGCACAGUCCAGCCCUGGGGCUCUGAACUCUGGCAGCCAGGCAGGAGUGGAGAGCCAGGCCUUAAAGACAAAAAAGGAUGAGGAGCCCGAAAGCAUAGAGGGGAAAGUGAAGAGCGAUGCCUGCGAGGACAAAAAGUCGGAGCUGAGCAGCUCCAGUCAGCAGCCAUCUGUCAUCCAGCAGCGCCCCAACAUGUACAUGCAAUCCCUGUACUAUAACCAGUAUGCCUACGUGCCCCCAUACGGCUACAGCGACCAGAGUUACCACACCCACCUCCUGAGCACGAGCUCCGCCUACCGGCAGCAGUACGAGGAGCAGCAGAAACGCCAGAACUUGGAGCAGCAGCAGCGGGGGCUGGACAAGAAGGCAGACUUGGGCCUGAAGGAGCGAGAGGCCGCACUCAAGGAAGAGUGGAAGCAAAAGCCGUCAAUCCCACCAACUCUCACCAAGGCCCCUAGCCUUACAGACCUGGUGAAGUCAGGACCCAGCAAGGCCAAAGAGCCAGGGGCUGACCCUGCUAAGUCAGUCAUCAUUCCCAAGUUAGAUGACUCUUCCAAACUGCCCAGCCAGGCCCCGGAAGGUCUUAAAGUGAAGCUCAGCGAAACUAGCCACCUAAGCAAGGAGUCCUCCGAAGCUAAGACAGGCACUGAGUGUGGUCGUCAGGCUGAGGUGGAUCCAAUACUCUGGUACCGACAGGAGGCAGAGCCCCGGAUGUGGACAUAUGUUUAUCCUGCCAAGUACUCAGACAUCAAGUCAGAAGAUGAGCGGUGGAAAGAGGAGCGGGACCGCAAAUUGAAGGAGGAAAGAAGUCGGAGUAAGGACUCUGUCCCCAAGGAGGAUGGGAAAGAAAGCACAAGUAGUGACUGCAAGCUGCCCACGUCUGAGGAGUCCCGCCUCGGGAGCAAGGAGCCCCGACCAAGUGUCCAUGUGCCUGUGUCCUCCCCCCUCACCCAGCACCAGUCCUACAUCCCCUACAUGCACGGCUACUCCUACAGCCAGUCCUACGACCCCAACCAUCCCAGCUACCGAGGCAUGCCCGCUGUGAUGAUGCAGAACUACCCAGGUUCCUACUUGCCUUCCAGCUACUCUUUCUCCCCAUAUGGCAGCAAGGUCUCAGGUGGUGAAGAUGUGGACAAGGCUCGAGCCAGCCCCAGUGUUGGUUGUAAAUCCAGCUCCGAGUCCAAAGCCCUAGACAUCUUGCAGCAGCACGCCAGCCACUACAAGAGCAAGUCCCCGACGAUAAGUGAUAAAACGUCUCAGGAGCGAGAUCGGGGAAGCUGUGGGGUGGUUGGGGGUAGUGGCAGCUGCAGCAGCAUUGGCGGAUCCGGAGGGGGUGACCGGAGCGUUGACCGGCCGCGCACCUCCCCUUCCCAGCGCCUGAUGUCCACACAUCACCACCACCACCACUUGGGGUACUCGCUGCUCCCAGCACAAUACAACCUGCCGUAUGCAGCAGGGCUUUCUUCUACAGCCAUUGUUGCCAGCCAGCAAGGCUCAACUCCCUCACUCUACCCACCUCCCAGGAGGUGAGAAUGACAACCAAGUGCCCGGAUUAAAGUCAGCAUCACAGGCCAGCCUGGCUCACCCAAGGAGGUGCUGGAGGUGCCAUUGAGACAUCAGUUAAAUGGUGUUGGUCAUCCUGUUUGCCGAUUCUACCAUGACUGAAGGCAGACCCUUGGCUAUCUCGCCUCCACCAGACCCCUGGACCCCCUGGUACUUGGCAAAAAAUAUUUAUUCUCUCAGCCACAAUCAUGACUGUUGUGGCCUCUAUGGAGAUGAAGGUUUGGGGAGCAACUAGGGGAAUAUGGCCUCAUCCCAGAGAAGUCACUGCUCUGUUCUCCAAGCCCCUGGUCUGCUGUCAGGGCACCACCAC